AGUAUAGGUUUAACAUUUCAACAGAAUUAUAUCACUUGAAGCAUACUCCCGACGAUAUUAUAUUAUUUUUCGUAUUAUUUGGUCUUAAGCGAUUAUUGUAAAUAAUUCACCGAACUAUUUACGUAAAAUAAAAUUUCAAACGGAUGAUUUAUCGCUAUCAUGUCAGAUAUGGAUAUUGUAGAAGUUGACGACGAGAAUCAAUUCCACGGCAAUAAAAAUGAAAAUCUUAAAUUAAGUUCUCAAUCAGAAGUUAGGAACGGAGGCAAAUCGGAGAGUAUUCGUCGAAUGGUGGACAUAACCCGCGACAAACCAAUUAAAGUUUCCAUCAGGGUAGCUGUACCUGUAAGAGACCAUCCAAAGUUUAAUUUUGUCGGAAAACUAUUAGGACCAAAAGGCAACUCAUUGAAGAGAUUACAGGAAGACACCAUAACGAAAAUGGCAAUACUUGGACGUGGAUCAAUGCGUGAUCGGAACAAGGAAGAAAAGUUAAGGAAUUCGGGAGAUCCGAAAUUUUCUCAUCUCAAAGAUGACCUUCAUGUUGAAAUAACAGCCUUUGCUCCUCCAGCAGAAGCACAUGCCCGUAUUGCAUAUGCGUUAACUGAAGUCCGAAGAUUUUUAGUACCGGAUUACAACGACGAAAUACGACAAGAGCAAAUGUGGGAAAUGCAAAUAUUGCAGAAGGGAUCGGGGGACGCGACCGAUUCGGAAACCGGCGAGAGCGGAUCUUCGUCUCAUUCCGUGGACGAUAAUCGCCAAAAUUACAGCGCCGUUCAUUCAGCCGGAGAGUGUUCGCCGGUGCACACCAAACACAGCAACGUCAACACCAAUCAAACAAUCAUCAACGGAUCAGAAAAACACGUGGCUCCAAACAAUUCAAACGGGUUAACGGAAACUCCAGGAAGGAAACGGCCUCUGCUGUCUGGAGAAUGUGCCAAAGUAUCAAUGACUCCAUCAAAGAGAACAGUAAUGGCAAUUCUGGCUAGAGCUAGAACUGCGCAAGUACACGUCAAAGACAUGGUCACAUUUUCACCACAUUUUAAUGGACUUGUUCAGACAGAUGUAUCCACAUACAGAGAAAAGCCCUUUAUCCCCACAACCAAUCUACUUUUGAACUAAAUAUAAUAUAAUAUAGUACCUACUAUUCACAUCAUCCAUAGACUAUCCAAUCAAAUUUCUCUGUAGUCACAACGCAUGAAAGUAUGGGUCAAUGUAUUUUUUAAUCAUCAUAUUAUGCAAUCUAAAUAAUUAAUUAAUAUUUUAUUUUAAAAAACAAAUCAGUUUUAUUUUAGUUUAUACAUGGUUUAAGACUAUUUUAAAACUUAAUUAAUCAUUAUGAUGAUUAGAAAAAAUUGCUCAAUACAAUAUAAUAAUAAUAAUAAUAAUAUAUAUAUUUUAAUAGUAUUAUAAAUUUACAACUUGUACACAUAUUAUAAUAUCUUAUGAUCUAUCCUAAUAAAAUAAUAAAAACAUUAUAAAGUCAAUCAUAUAAAUUAAAUGAUUAAAUAAUUAAGAUAUAAAACCACGGUUUUUUCCUUGAUAAUAUCACAGUAAAUACUCAAUAUUCUAUGUGAUAAUAAACCGGGUAACCAAUGUAAUUUAAUAUAAUUAUAAAUGCACACAAAUUCACAUUAAUUCAUGUUAGUUUAUUUAUUUUUAAUUGGUUAUUUAAUUAAACUUUCUGCAGUUUUUUGUUAUUAACAUAUAGUUAAUGUCUAUACCUGAUUAUUUUAUGUAUAUUUUAUUCUGCGUAGGUAUAUAUUUUAUUUUAUCUUUUAAGUUGGAUAUAUUGUUAUUAUUUAUUGUUGACAUAGUUAGAUAUUAAUGUAUUAUUGUAAUAUUAUAAUAUAUCAUGCUAGAAUUUAAUUAAGUACAUAGUAUAUAAACAAUAAAUAUGUAUUAACUAAGUUAAUCUUUACUAUUGAUAUUUACGUGUACAUUUUAGCUAAUAUUUUGUAAGUCUAUAAUAAUUAAUAAGUAUGAUAACUAAUGAGAUAAGAUAAUUUUAGUAAAGUGUGGACUAUUUAAAAUAACGUUUAAUGCGACAUUCUAGUCAUCUAUAUACAACAUUGUAUAGACUAUAGUAAAAUCGCUAUAUACAAAUUAACAGAAUGAUAAAAAAAAAUUCAUAUUAUAAUCCAGUGAUAUAUCUUCUUAAAUAGGUACUAUUAUUAAAUACAUAGGUAGUAGGUACCGAAGGCACCAAGGUUUGUUCCGUUAAAAAUUAUAAUAUUACAAAUAUGUGCCUAUAUAAAUAGAAUAAGUGUACAUGUAUAUAUUGUUUAUACCAUAUACAUUUUAAUAUAUAUAUAUAGGCAUGUACAUAUACAUAUUAUAUUAUGUAUGCAUGUACCUAUGUAUUAUAAAUUAUUUUAAACAUAA